AUGUCCACCCCCACAUUCGUCUUCUCCUUCUUGUUGGUGUCUCUGUGCACCCCCUUUGUUCACUCCGGUUUCGAGUGCCUCAGGGUCUCUCCCUCUCAAUUCCUUCACUCCGCCAGAACAGUAGUUGGCGUUUUGCAAGAUGUUAACUCAACUCUCCUCUCUGAGUUAACCAAUGUCAAUAAUAACGUUCACAACUUUCGUCUUUCUGACGCCAUUUCCGCUUGUCUUGACUUGUUGGACUUAUCGGCUGAUCAACUCAGCUGGUCCAUUUCCGCUAUUGAAAAUCCCCAAGGGAAGCACAACGGUACUGGGAAUCUAAGCAAUGAUUUGAGUACAUGGCUAAAUGCAGCACUUGCGAAUACAGAUACAUGCAUGGACGGUUUUGAAGACACGAAUUGGAAUGUGAAGGGUCUAAUAUCCACUAGAAUUGACCAUUUGAACUCGAUGGUGCAAAACCUGUUAAACCAGAUGCACCCUGCUUCGAGUCACUUCACCAACAGGGGUCAAUUUCCUUCGUGGGUUGAAUCAUGGGACAAAAAGCUGCUAUUUACAAAUGGGGUGAGUUGGGAUGCUGUGGUUGCUACUGAUGGGAGUGGGAAUUAUAGUAAGGUGAUGGAUGCAGUGCACGCAGCAAGUGAUUAUAGCAUGAGGCGCUAUGUGAUUUACGUAAAGAGGGGUGUUUAUGUGGAGAACGUUAACAUUGGUAAGAAGAAGUGGAACAUUGUGUUGAUGGGAGAAGGCAUGGAUGUUACUGUUAUCACUGGUAACCUCAGUUAUAGUAAAAAUUUGACCACAUACAGAACAGCUACCUUUGCUGUGAAUGGCAGAGGAUUCAUAGCACGAGACAUUUCCUUCAGGAACACUGCAGGGCCUGAAAGGGGCCAAGCUGUUGCUUUAAGAUCAGACUCUGACCUCUCUGUCUUCUACCGAUGUGGGAUUUUCGGUUACCAAGACAGCCUCUAUGCCCACGGCUUGCGCCAAUUCUAUAGAGAAUGCAAAAUCACUGGCACCGUUGAUUUCAUCUUUGGAUAUGCCACUGCAGUGUUCCAAAGUUGCCAGAUAUUGGUCAAAAAAGGUUUAACAAAACAAAAAAACACUAUCACUGCUCAAGGGAAAAGAAACUCAACCGACCCAUCUGGUUUCUCAAUUCAAUUUUGUAACAUUUCAGCAGAUGAUGACCUUCUGCCCGCUGUUAAUUCCACCCUAACAUACCUUGGUAGACCAUGGAAGCCUUAUUCGAGGACAAUUUUUAUGCAAUCCUACAUCAGUGAGGUGUUAUCGUCAAAGGGUUGGCUAGAGUGGAAUGGAUCUGCAUAUUUGGACACAUUGUACUAUGCUGAGUACAAUAAUUAUGGACCGGGAGCUUUUCUAAAUGACCGUGUUAAAUGGCCAGGGUACCAUGUGAUUAACGAUUCUAGCUUAGUUAGUAACUUCACAGUCACCCAAUUGAUUCUUGGGGAUCUUUGGUUACCUUCAACGGGUGUAAGGUUCAUCCCUGGAUUUGGGAAUUAA